AUGGAGAAAGAAGUUGUUCAGUGCUCCUUCAAUCCAAAUGCUAAGGAAAGUGCAGGAGGGAGGCAGCUGAAAUAUAGAGAUGGCAUGAGUUUGAGCGGGAAUUCUCGUAAGCGGAGCAGGAGGACUUCAGCUGCUGCAAAAAUCAGCCAGUGCCGAGAAAUAUGUGUGGACCUGGAGACUCCUGAUUCCAUUCUUGUCCACACAAAUCUUCGGGAUCUGAUAAACAAGCAUACUUUUGCAAGAUUGCCUCCAUUGUAUCAGUACCAGCUCAUCCAGCUUUUACCAGAAGUAGACAGAGUUCUUGGUCCUGAUCAUACUUUACGCUUGAGCUCAUCAGCACUGAAUAAUGAGUUCUUUGCCCGGGCAUGUGAGGACUGGCAGAAUAGACUUGAGCAAGGAGAGCUUACUCCAGAACAUCAACAGAAGCUCAAGGUUGAAGCAGAAAAAAGAAGAGGAAAGCUUGACCCAUGGAAGGUGAAGCAUUUUGAGCCCAUUUGGGGGCAGAAGAGUGCAGAUGAAGAACAAGAUACUUUCACGUAUCGCCCAUCCUCAUCCAAGGCAGCAAUGAAGAUCAAGCCUAUCUUGAAGAAACCAAAGCUGUUGACUUCAGGGAAUGACCCCCAGAUAGAUUACAGAGUAAUAGUAGAUGUUGCUUCCCCAAGCACAUCUCAACUUGACUUGCAAGUUCAAGUGCCUCCAAAUGUUUCAUGUGAGAAAACUUCAGAGGAGAGCCAUGCUUCCGCUCCUUCUUCUCCCCAUGACAAAAAACACAAAGAGAAAUCAGAAUCUGUGACAGGAGAGGUUUUCUGCUCUAAUCAAGAAAGUGUUCAAUAUUCCAUCAGUUCUCUCCCUGAGGAACCUGAAGAAAAGGCACCUGAAGCAUCCUCUCCUGAUUUGGCAUUUCUGGACAGUGGUACAGCACAUAUUGAAGCAUCUCCUUGUUCUGACUUCCUAUCCAGAUCAGAUGAGAUGCUUGACUCUGUGUCCAUUUCUUCAUCAGAUGACGUUCCAGAGAUUUCCCCCAAAGCAUCAGAGUUACCUGAUACCAUGCCACUCAACUCUCUAAUAGAGGCUAGUGAGGGGCAUAUUUCUUUGCACAAAAGAGAACUUCCUGAUGCUCUAAAUGAAUCUCCACAAGAUUCUUUCAUUGAGACGUCAGAUAUGAAUACCAGUUUACAAUCUGUGGUUGAGGAAAUGCCUGAUUCAGAGGUGCUAGCAGUAAUGACUGCCAAAUCCCCUGACCUCUCCAAUAAUAAAGAGGAAGGUGAAAAGUCAGACUUGAGAGAAGAGCCAAGAGACAGAGGGGAAUAUGAGUUUGCCUUGUCUCCUGUGCUAAUGGGUGCCACUGAGGUAUCAUCCAUCAGUUCUCCUGAAAACUCUCUGGAUCAAAGUGCAGCUAACUCAAGGAAGAAAGAGGAUUGUAAGUCAAAUGAAGAAAGCUCCAACAUGCAAACAGAAGAGGAAGAUGAGGAUAACAUUGAGGGUGUAUUUUCUGAACUCAUAUCAUCUCAGAUGGAUGAUAAUGAAGAUGUUCAACAAGAUAUCUCACCUUUGCCAUCCAUCAGUGACUUGACAGAGGCAACUCAGAAAGAACUUAUCAUGCAAGAUCCAACAGCACCCAUGCAGGAAAGUGGUGAAUCCUCUUCCAGUGGUGUGGCUGCAAGUCUCACUAGUGGCACUCAUGAUCCUGAUGAACUCCAGUCUUGGCAACUUGAAGGAUGUAGCCAGAAGUCAGAUAAAUCUGAUGAUUCUGAUAAAAAUAUUCCCAUUUUGAAUCAGACCAAGGCUCUUUGCUUGGAGGCAAGGGAUUCAAUUCCUUGUGCUAAUCCAUCUGUCACUUUGAAGGAGGUCCAAGAAGUUCACAGUGUUCAAAGUGCACAUAGUUCCACGGAAGGAGAUAUUUGCAAUGAAGCAGCAAUAGCACUUGAAGAUAUUGACAUGUCUCAUCCAAUAUUGACUCAUAGACAAGAUGAGUCAUCACAGAACUCUUGUAGCAGUACAAGUUUAUCUGAAACAUCAGAUCCUUUUUCAGUAAUCAAGAAAACACCUGAAGUAACUUUUGCUGAACUCAGCAAUCAAGGAACAUUAGUAGAAAGUGAUGUGGCAGAAGAUACACCUACAAGUGCAAUUCAAGAAGUGAAAACCUCAUUCGAGAGUUCAAGCCCAUCGCCCAGCAUUGUAGAGCCUGUUGCUACAAAGAAGUCCCUGAGUACUGAUAUUUACAGUCAAGGGGAUACAGAAAAUGUCAAGCCUCCAUCCAGUUUCAAGACUCCUAGUGCAGCAAAAUCCCGCCAGAAAUCUCAGAAUAUGAUGGUGAAACGAUCAAACCGGGAACCAAAGGGGGAGGUCAACCUGGAGAGGUCUUAUCAAAUAUGUGCAGCUGUGAUCCAAAACAGUCCAAAUAGAGCAGCACUUCAAAGUCAGCUUUGCCCCCCUCCCGUGAUGAAAGCCAUCAAUGAAUCAAAAACAGUUGCUCCCUCCUGGCCAACAGCCACCAUCACUACCAGCAGCCCAAAGACAAGAGUUAGCAGUAUUGGAACUUCUAGCACAGUAAUGGGGACUCGAGUCACAAGGGCUGUGGUUCCUGUUUCUCCAAUGAAGAGUGGGGCAAAUGUGAACCGUGGACAGCCUCUGCUGACUCAGUCUUUUCAAGAUGGUGUACAAGACAGUGCUCUCUCUGAGAUCAGGAGAAAUCCCACUUCCUCCGAACAUUUGCAAGUUGUUCAUUCCAAUAACCAGAGAAUUAGCUCAGUAGUAUCUGGAGUGACUUCACCUCUCUUGACUAACAUGGCUGAGGAGGAGAUGAGGCAUAUGAGAUUGGAAGAGCUUCAAAGGCUAAGGCAAUAUGGAGAACCGUUACGGUCUUCCAGCUGCCCUCUUCCAAUUCAAAGAAAACCUGAUGCAGUGGUGGCAAGUGCAAUGAGGGGAGUGCCAAGAGGAAGGCCAUCUAGUGUCCUUCCUUUGCUCAGCACUUAUUCCACUGCCACUCCUCCCACUUCAGAUGCCCUUCCCUCAUCUACCCAUGUGACACCAAAAGUUAAAACAGUUCAUGUUCCCCAAACUCUGCGUGCCCAUUUCCAUCGUCCUCCACUGGAAAUGCGGGUAGUGCAUGGAAGUGUCUUGAAACAGGAGAGGAAUCUGGAAUGUAAUGGGCUAACAGGUGUUUCUCUUCACCCAGUCAAUCAGAUUCAGGUGUCAGCUUCAGCACCUCGCCUUGUGCCUCAGUCUCAUCAUCCACGCCUUCCCAUGGCCCCCAUAUCUACAGCUUUAAUACAUUUGUCUCAUCCCCAGGUAGCCAAAGUUCAUCCCACAGCUCAGACAAAUCAUAAAUCCAGUGACACAAUUGUACACCCAGAGCCUAGUCCUUCUGGGGUGUGCCCCAGUGAGUCCUCUUCAGUUGCUGAACAGGAGCGAUUCUCAGUGCCUGCUAGAGGACCAUCAGCUCAGUUUGAUGUGAUAUCAAGUGAGGGAGUCACUGCAGGAUCGUUGAGUGAUUUGAACAGUGUUCAAUCACAUAAAUCCUGUGAUGUGACCACUCAGGUUCUGGUCCAUCCUUUGAAUCAGUUCCCUUGUUCUCAGGCUCCUAAAGCUGGAGUCAAUGCCACUAUUGCUGGUAGCCAUCUCCUCAAGAUCCUGUAG